CAAAAUGGCGGCCUCCUUUGGCUAUGAAGAUCGCUAGUUGAAUAAAAAGUGUUUUGUGUGCCCUUGUUGUGGGCGAGAAGUCUUGUAACAGGUUUUGAGCAGACUUUCAUCAUGGCUACUGACAAACUAGCAACUCCAUUCCUGUUUCCCUGUGCUGCUAAGGUGAAAAUACCUCAGAUUGGUUCAGAGGACUCAAAGCUAAGGAUAAAAGGAAUAUCCGACAUACCCCUCGGAAAAAUUCCUGAGGUCUCAGGAGAUAUCAGCAAAAAAUAUUUGAAAAAGAUCUCUACUGAUCUGAAGUUUGCCGAUGAGGUGAUUGAACAACGCGGGGCACACACCUUGCCUUACGAUGAAACUAAGUUACUUGAUGCUUACAGAUAUGAAGGAUUAUGUACAACACCUCAUAAAAAACAUGUUGUCGUAGGAAGACAUAAUACCAGAGGAGCUGACAAAAAACACUUGCCGUGUAAUUUGAAAAAAAGGCAUCAUCAUCUUAUGCCAUUGAUAGUGAGGCCACCUGAUAAAAGCAAGGUUGAAGAAGAUGAGGAUGAAUCUUCAGAGGAGGAGGAGGAUGGAAGUGAAGUUAGCACAGACACAAGGAAUAGAAAACCUGGUAAAUCUAAAGUGAGAAUUGAAUCUCCUGACAAGAGGGCAUCGCCCGAUCCAGCUGAAGUAUUCUUGACAGAGGCUAAUUUAGCAGCUCGGGAAUUGGAAUCACAAGUGUCAAAGGAAACUGCGAAAUGGGAAGAGUACUUGCUGCUGAGCUUAAGCAAAAAUACAGCCCGGUGGAUCGUGAGUGAAAAAACAGGGAUGGGAAACCAGCAAGAAGAUCUCAAGAAACUCCUGCACUAUCAUUACGGGGAGCCUCAGCACCCAACUGAUACAAUAAUCAGGGACGAUGUAAGUGUUAGCGACAUUGGCGGAAGCUCUGAACCGGACCUUGUCUCUAGAGUUUCAAAAGAUAAAAACAAAGAACUGUAUUCAGAUAAAGUAUCAAAAGAAGGAUUCAGUCGAAUCAGUGAUGAUGAGAGUCAAGUGGAAAUGUCGGCUUCUAUGCCAUUAGUGUCAUUUUAUAGACUGCCAGGUGGUUUACGCAGACAGCACAAGGAACUUGAACGAGAAUUAUCUGGUGCUAUAAACACUACAGCCAAUGAAAUCAAAGUAGUGCCUCAGAAACCACCACCUCCAAAGACGUUAAAAGAUUUCAUAAAUCCAGCUGUAGGAGAGAAGGUUUAUAUGACAAGUAACCAGUUUGAGCAAGAAUGGCUGACAGGUGCACGACAGGUACACCAAUCCCAGGGGGACAAAACUCAACUUGUGUUGGACACUGGUAAUAAAUACAAGAUCUCCUACUUGGAAAACUACCCUCAGUCACCAAGUCAAUGGCAUUAUGAUGACAGCAGUGAACAUAGCAAGAAGAAAAAAGGAAGCAGUCUUUCAGCAAGUAAAAUUACCAUCAAGGGAAAAACGAAAUGGAGUAAAUUACCGGAACCUGACGAUAGUGACAGACUCGGUAUUGCGAUACAAGACACUGAAUACAGUCAUACAGAGAAAGAAGCUGACGUGUCAACUGUGAAGAAAGCAAGAGAGAAUCCAUCCCUAUUAAAAAUAGUCGAUGGGAGAUCUAAAUGGAACCUCGGCAACCGUUGGCAUGACAGCAGCAUUGAAGAUUUAGUACGUGAUAUGAGUGAUAUCCAUGAUCAUGUUCGAUUGGGUGCCAUAGCAACAAUUGCCCGCGCGGCAACAUUCCGUCCACCUCCAGACCCUGGAAUUAAAUUGCAUGGUUCUAGAAAAGUACAAGAGAAAGAUGAAAAGACGUUAGCCUUGCAUGGCGUGUUACCAGAUAAGUUACUAGCUUGUGUUGAAAAGGCUUUGUAUGAUACAGCAUCUAGAGUGAGAAUCACUGCAGCUAUAGCUCUGUAUACAUUAAAUACACCAAGUACAGAGGCCACAAGAAUUCUCAACAAAGUGCUGAGAGAUGGUGACAGUCCAGAAAGAUGGGCAGCAUCACAGUGUCUGGCUCAUGCUGGCGUGUGUGAUUCCUUUGUUGGUGAAUUGAUCCAGCAGAUAUUCACGACAGAUGACAUGGUACAGUAUGAACAGGCUAUGUCAUUGCUGUGUAAACUAAGUAGCCAGUCUAAUAUUGUCCACUCUAUGGUAGCGGAACAACUCAAUAGUACGAGUUGGAAACAAAGACUCAUGGCGUGUAAAAUACUACCCAGACUUUAUGGACAGAUAAACAAGGACUUGACACAUAAACUGUCAACACUAAUGUGGUAUGAUUGGCACCAAGAUGUCAGAAAGAUAGCAGCACAAACACUGGGUAGAACUGGCCAUGGUAAAGAAGUACACAAUGAUUUAAGAGAUAGAAUUAAAACUGGCAACGAAAGAGACAGAGUGGAUGCAUUGACUAAGAUUGGACAUUUGGGUAUUAUGACAGCUAAGUUGAUGCCAGUUUUCUUAUCCUGCUUUAAUGAUGAGUACAUCUCAGUGCGCACAGCGGCCGCUAACACGGCUGGAUAUUUACGCAUUCAAGACAAACAGAUCAUCCGUAAACUACUCUUUCAGACACAGUUUGACAGUAGUUGGAAGGUCAAGGCACAUGCAAUCAAAGGUUUAGGUAUGAUAGGACUACUAACAGAAGAGAUUGGUGAGGCUGUAUUGUGGGCACUGAGAUUUGAAACUAGUGCCGGUGUCAGAGCUGAAGCUUGUCACUCAUUGGUUAAACUUGGUAUGAGAGGGGAUCAUGUGACGCAUAUAUUACAAGACAGAUUACUUGUAGAGACAGACGAAGUGGUCAGAGAACAAGUUGCCUUGGCGUUGGAAUCCUUAGGUGUUAGUCCAUCUGGAGACAUGGACAUGGUACAAGCUAUAAAAGUAGAAGUGCGUCGACUCAACACACGGUUGAAUAUUGCAGCUAAAAUAACUACUAAUGAAAAACAAGCAAACAGGGAACUAUUACACGAGAGGUACUUCAGUGUACCAAGAACCCCCGCUCCUCCUCCAUCUGAAGGUGAGACUGAUAAAUCUAUCGCUGGAAGUAGAGCUUCCACUCGACUCAGCUCACGAACAAACACACCUGGAUUUCAAUUUGGUUCUGAAGAAGAUGAAAUGUCUUUACCAAAGACGCCAGCAGGUGACAGUAGUAGAUACUUAUCAACACUGACACCCCCACCAAAAACACCAAGUAGGAGAACCCCGGAAGAGAAGUUAGAGAAACUAAUCGAGGUCUAUGAUGGUGUGGUGUCCAUGAAGGAGUAUAGGGAUUAUAUUGAUCAGUCCGAAGUAGCACUGGAUGAAACCCUCCCAAAACGAAAACUGGCUGAUAUACCAGAAACAGAACAAGAGGAGGAAACAGCAAAAUUAGAUAAGACAGAAGAUGAGGAUGAGAAACAAGAAGAACAAACAUUUACAAUUGGAAAGGAAGAUAAGGAGACACAGAUGACUCCGAUUGAGAGGGAGUUAAAGGAUACGAUGGCGUACCAUGAUACAAUAGAUCCAAAUUUUGGUGAAAGUACAGCUGAAGGUACAGACGUGAUUGAAAUGAAGCAUGCAUCGCCACCCCCGCCAACGCAUCAAUCAGAGCCAGAGUCGUCCAAUCAAGAAAAAGACAACAUUGAUGCUUCAGGUAAAUCAGAGAUCAGUGAAGAUGAUCCCCAGGACAGUGCAACUGCUGCAGUAGCACCAGAAGAAUCAGAUGACGAGGAAGAAGAAUUAGCUCCUGAACCUCCUGUUGCCGAGCAACCAGAAGUUGAGAGCGAGGAUGAGGCUGAGGGUGAAUCAGAGGAGAAUACUGAUGGCUCAGAUGAUGAAUGAUUACAUUAGAAUCAACCAAUAUGAAGUGAUGUGGGAAUAUUGUGACCGAUGGAACUAACUGUCAGUCAGUCAGAAAAGAGCAGGCUCUACUAUGGUUGAUAAACUAAUUUUAAUUGACUUGCUGUUUUAUAAUAAAUUGUACAUAUAUGUGUGAUACAUCAUGUAGUGAAUUACAUAUUACUGAUGUAACUGGAGAACAAAUGUGUGAAUAAAACAAAAAUAUCUUUAUU